AUGGUAUUUAUUCGUUCCCUUUCCCGUCAAAUGAGACGGCCUUUCCUGUCAGGCCUUAAAGCUACCCCGUUCGCUCGGGCGACACCUUUUUCUAUCUCCGGAGCACGAACGCUAACUGCCACCGCCAAUCUACAGGGCAAGGUUCUUUUGGUUCUUUAUGACGGUGGUGAGCACUCCAAGCAGCAGCCUGCUCUGCUUGGAACUACUGAGAACGAGCUCGGCAUCCGCAAGUGGCUCGAGGAUGCUGGCCACACCCUGGUCACCACCUCCGACAAGGAGGGCGAGAACUCCACCUUUGACAAGGAGCUCGUCGAUGCCGAGGUCAUCAUCACCACUCCCUUCCACCCCGGUUACCUGACCGCUGAGCGUCUGGCCAAGGCCAAGAAGCUCAAGCUCGCCGUCACUGCCGGUAUCGGUUCCGACCACGUUGACCUCAACGCCGCCAACACCACCAACGGCGGUAUCACCGUUGCCGAAGUCACCGGCUCCAACGUCGUCUCCGUCGCUGAGCACGUUGUCAUGACCAUCCUCCUCCUGGUCCGCAACUUCGUUCCCGCCCACGAGCAGAUCAAGAGCGGCGACUGGAACGUGGCCGCCGUCGCCAAGAACGAGUUCGAUCUCGAGGGCAAGGUAGUCGGUACCGUCGCUGUCGGCCGUAUCGGUGAGCGUGUCCUCCGCCGUCUCAAGCCCUUCGACUGCAAGGAGCUCCUCUACUACGACUACCAGCCCCUCUCCGCCGAGGCCGAGAAGGAGAUUGGCUGCCGCCGUGUCGAGAACCUCGAGGAGAUGCUCGCCCAGUGUGACGUCGUUACUAUCAACUGCCCCUUGCACGAGAAGACCCGCGGUCUCUUCAACAAGGACCUCAUCUCCAAGAUGAAGCCCGGCGCUUGGCUUGUCAACACCGCCCGUGGCGCCAUUGUCGUCAAGGAGGACGUCGCCGAGGCCCUCAAGUCUGGCCACCUCCGCGGAUACGGUGGUGAUGUCUGGUUCCCCCAGCCUGCCCCCAAGGACCACCCUCUCCGCUACGCUGAGCACCCCUGGGGUGGCGGCAACGGCAUGGUCCCCCACAUGUCCGGUACUUCCAUCGAUGCUCAGGUCCGCUACGCCAACGGCACCAAGGCUAUCCUUGACAGCUACUUCUCCGGUCGUGAGGACUACCGCCCUGAGGACCUGAUUGUCCACAAGGGUGACUACGCCACCAAGGCCUACGGCCAGCGCAAGUAA